GUUACAGUUCAUGAUGUUAGUGGGCUAGAUAACGCAGCAGAAAGUGACUCAGAAGACGAGUGGAACUACAUAAAGGGAGAAGAGGCCAAUAAAGAAAACGAACCAUUGCAGCCAGAGAAGAAGGUUGCCGAAAUUCCCGAAGAGGACGACAACAUGUCCCAGCUGAACCCGAACGCUGCCGAAUUUGUGCCAGUGUCGCCCACGCGAAGUAUCCCAUCUCCAUCGUCCUGCCGCCUAAUGAACGAUCUGGUGUUGGCGCAGUCGCCGAAAAGGCCGAUGAACAUCGACAUCAAGGUGCCGAGGAAGGCCGAUUUCGAUAGGGAGGUGAAAUCGAGGCCCAGCGAUGUGGAGUCCUACAGCAACGGACAUAACGACGAUGACGAUCGAACGACACCCACUGAUCUAAUGGAGAGCAUAUUGAACGGAAAAAAUAUCGACGAUAUUCCAGAAUUCCAGCCGGGAAGCACCCCCAAAAAAGGAACGUUCAGCGACGAGUUCCACUUUGGGCCGAAUGCUGCUCCUUUCACUCCCAUCAAAUCGUUGGACCAAUCGGAAACAGUCUUAUCGACGAAAGCAAUUUUCGGAGACGAAUCCUUGGCAACUUUAGGUACUUCCUUCAACGAGUCAACAGCACAAGAACUGGUGACUCCCGAAGAAAAUGCCGACUUGAAGGUGCUCAACAAGGAAUCGGACCCCAUGUCGAUGUCAUUUUAUGCCCACACAAAGGAUACAAAUCCGUUCGAUUUGAACAAGGUUCAAGUGUUACCGGACGACCUGGACGAAUUCUUGCAACAACCCGAUAUACAACCCUUGCAACAACCCGAUAACGAGCGACUUUUGGACGACACCAUCUCGGAUCUACCUGAAUACGAUCCAUCGAUUGGUCUUUCAUUGAACAACGAUGACGCUAUCCAGACCACCGAUUUGGACAAACAAGCCUACGAUAACGAAAAGGAACUCGCUUCCCCCCUGGAACCAGAAAAGGAAUUCACGGACUCUGAAAAGGACCCGCUGGAAUCGGAAAAGGAUCUUUCCGAGGCCGAAAACGAAAUUGAAUUGCAGCACAACAAACAAGAGCUAGUGCAAGUCCAUCGGGAACCUUUCGAUUUAGAAAACGAAGAAGAUUUAGGAAUAGGCAUUGAAGAGCCUGAUUUUGCUAAAACGCCGGAGCCAACACACGAAAACCUACUCGGUAACGAAUUCUGUCAUGUUGGAAAAACACAUGUUUCUGAAUCGGAUGCCCUGCCGCAAGACGUUGAAUUGAUAAAUCCUGAAGCUGGACCCGAAACUGACAACUUAGCGACCGACGUUGAAUUGAUAUCGCCUGAAUCAAAACCAGAACCCGAUACCAUCCCCGCAGGAGUUGAAUUGAUAACCCCCGAAUCAAAACCAGAAGAAAGCGAACACAUGUUAUCAAAUAGUGUACCGUCAGACGUAGAAAUAAUAUCGCCAGAGCCUCAAGCGUGUGAACUUGGUGAACAUGUUAGUCAACCAGAAGCUACUGAGGUGAACGACCUAUUGGGCGAACCGGAAGCAGAAGUCACUGGUCAAUUGGAAGCACCUGCUGCAUCAGAGAUCGACGAUUUGCUCCAAGCAAAUUUGCCAGAAUCCGGAGGUAUAUCACCAAUUGCACCAUGUGAGCGGGUUCCUUCACCCGAUUUCACGGGACCCGAAUUGCUAGACGAAGCACAGAAACACUUCGAGGAACUUUGUCAUCCGAGCGAUGACUUGAAACUUCCGGAAUCUCCGCAGGAAGAAGUGACUACUUCCGUUAAAGAUGAUGACUCUUCUCCUGUGGACGAAAUCCAAGACAGCUUUGUGGCUUCUUCCCCAGUUCAAGAACCUCAAAUCAGUUCUCCGAAAGACACAGAGUCCAUAGCAACGACAGACGUGAAUUCCUUCUUGGACAGAUCGUUGCCUCCGGAAGUGGAAUCGCCUCUGAGCCCUGGAGAUUUUGAUAAAACCAAGUGCGUCUCUGACAACGAAGCAUCGAAUCCGAUGUCGCAACAAGAGUUGACGGAGUAUUUGAAUCAUCCGCUGUCGAGGUGCGUGUUUCCAUUACCGCCGCAAUACAGAAACGAGGAUGGGGAAGUGAAGAGUGACGUCAUCGCGCCCGAUUUCGCCGAUCAAACCGUCGUCGCUACUUCCGAGGAGAGCAAGCAAGACGACACAGUCAUAGCUGAAAACGCUCCUAGUUUGCUUGUGGAGCCGGUUGCUAGUGAUCCACCUGUGGAAUCGAGCGCUCCACCUGUGGAGUCAAGUGCUUCACCUGUGGAGUCAAGUGCUUCACCUGUGGAGUUGGGUGCGCCACCUGUGGAGUUGAGUGCUCCACCUGUGGAGUCGAGCGAAGAGUUGGUUGGCGACAGUACCGCGGUGGGUGUGGCUUCGGCUGUGGCUGCCGGGGCGGCCAUCGCUGCGGUUGCUACUGCGGCCGUGCACGAGGAGAAGAAGAAGCCGGGCAGCGCGGCGUCGAAGAGACCGCCGGCGGCUGCGACUAAGAACGGGGCGCCUGCGACUGCUGCUAAAUUGAGCGCGAGGGCGCCGGCGGCCGCUAAGGCGGGGGCCAGUCGGGCUGGGGUUUCUCCUAAGGUGGCACCGGCUAGACCUGGAUCGGCUAAGCCCUCGACCACCACCACCACCACGGCUGCUCCCAAAACGGCGGCGCCUAAGCCGAUCGCCAAGCCGAGACCGGCGGCGGCGUCCAAACCGGCCGAAAAGAAGCCGUUGGCGAACGGCGACGUCAAACCGCCCGUCAGGUCUGCAUUGACGGCGAAAAAAGUCCCGUCAGAGUCCACCACUGCUCUGAAAACAUCGACUAGUGCAAGGCUCGCCGCUGCCGCCUCCUCCAAACUGAGCCCGACGAAACCGGCGCCGGCUAAACCGGCGGCUCCCAGGUCUGCCGCCCGGCCCGCCACGGCCUCUGGAGCGACGGCUGCCCCUAGAACGGCUGCCCGGCCUGCAACUCUGACCGGCAGCAGGGCGGCGGGCGGCACCUCGCCCGGCAAGAGUGUGCCCGCAGCGACAAGGGCCCCCAUCAGCAGAUCCGCCGCUGCCACGGCCACCGCCGCCCCACGAUCGAAUCCGGCCGCCCCUGCCGCCCCGUUGAAGGCACGCGCGCCGCCUGCGAGACCGGCCGCCCGGGCCGCCCCCGAUGCCGAGAAGCAGAGCAAGGAGAGCGCCAACAAGGUGACGGCGGCCGCGAGGAGCGGCAACGUCGCCGGCAGGACCGCGACGAGCGCUAGGAGCGCCGCGAGCGGGGUGAGAAGGGUGGAGAGCAAGACUUCGUCAACCCGAACGAUCACAUCGAAAACGACCACCACCACCAUGAAAUCCACCAUGGCCAAAAAACCGACCGAAAUCGUGAGAACAAAGACCACUAAAAUCGAGAAGCCGAAGCAAAAUGGCACCUCAGAAACGGUGAUUGAGGAAAUCACGAUGAUCAGUGAUCAGCUCCUAAAGGACAAUUCUCCGGUCGACAACAAGUUGAUCACGGAGUCUAUUCUCGUCCAAUCCAACGCCGACUGAGAGGAUAUUGAGCUUUAGCAAGGAAUAACUGUUACUAUUACUUUUUUAUAUAUUUACGUGUUUUUCACGUAAGCCGUUCAUUGGAAGUUUUCGGUGUCCCCAUUUCAAUGAAAUUCUGGAAGUUGUUUUUACAAUCGGUAUGGUCAACAAACAGCACAACUCACGCUAGUGGCUUUUCAAGUAUUUGAGGAAAGAUGACUUGAGUUAGAGCAUAUCCAGCAAAUAGGAAGAUGCACCGAUCUUCUCGAAGUGCAAAGAGUAUCGAAUAUGUUUGACAAUAUUAUCAAUAAUAUUUCCAGUAAACUGUGGGAAAAUGAAGAUGUUUUGUCAUUUAUGUUUCACAAAUUACCUAUUUGAUCUAGUAAUGAAAAUAAUGAGGGAAAAUUACAAGAUAUUAGAUUUUAAAUGAUCCGAAAACAAUAUCACAACAUCUAGGAAUCGAUCCUAUCCAUGAAAUCAGUAAAAUUUUUACCAAUAAGUCAGGAAACCAAGGAACAGAACAAAAGAAGACAGGUACUACUGGUUAAUGGAUAUACAGGGGCAAUGCAAUUUCUUAAGUAUCUUUGUUUACACUGGUUGGGAUGGAACAUAGCAUAGAAUUUCGAAAUUACGAGUGCUGUUUUGAAUUUUAUCGUCGUUUGUAUGAGUAUCAUCUUAUUAUACAUGUAGUGAAGACAACAAUAUUGAUCGACCAUAUCGAUUGAGCCCGCGUGCCGAAUCUUCAGAAUUUCAUUCAAAUUCGAACAACGAAUAUUUUUAACGAACGGACUACCUGAAACACCACGUAUAUCACGAUAUAUUAUGCCCUUAAUAAUUAUGUGUGUAUAGAGAGAAAGAAAGAGAGCUGUGAGGAUGAGAUCGGUAACGGAUAUAUCUACUGGGUGGAUACGAGAAAGACUUUCGUUGUAACGAGAAUAAUAAAUUUUAGGUUUAAUUUAUAUAUAUAUAACUGAUACGAAUAAGAGUUGAUGGCAUAAAAAGUGGAAAAACAAAAAAUAAGUAUGUAUAUCCUAAGUUAAGCUUUUUACUGCUUAGGUGUGCUGAUGUGAUUGCUAUGCACUCUUCUGUAUAUAUUUAAAGUUUAUAUUCGUGAAUUUUCAUCAUUGGGUGCUAAAUUCUAUUAGCUUAUUUCUUUCGAAAAUGUGUUAAUUUUUUGGAUGAUACACUUGAUGAUAAUUUUUUAUCUAUUUAUACGUCCUUCUCUGAACACUUUGAUGGUUUUUUUAUUAGCUUUUUGAACCCAGUAAAUUAGCGCGUUUUAAUUUGUAUGGUCAUUAUGAUAUAACUAUUACUACACCUUACCUUAUAUUUUUUAUACUUAAGAAUUUGUUUUAAUGUUGAAAUUUUAUUGUCGUGUUUGUCCUUUAGUUUGCUAUUUUAUUUAUUUGUGAAUUAUACUACCUUUCAGCACU